GUUCAUCUUCAAUUUGAAUAUUUUUUGAACAAGACUUCUAUUUGAAUAUUACAUUAUAUUCUAUCCAAAUAUUCAUACAACUACGUCCUUUCAUUCCUCUAUAUAUAGACCAAAUUUUUUUUUUCUACAUUGCAUCAACACACUUUCAAAUUUUAAGUCUCAUAGUAACAUUUCCAAGACCAAAAUGGGUUUUUCCCUUUUUUCAUCACUUAAAAUCCAAGUGUUCAUUUUUUCAUUAAUUAAUUUUGGUUUCUUUGAGGUUGCAUUGGCUAGUACAACAAGACACUACCAUUUUGAUAUAAGGUAUGAAAAUGUAACAAGAUUGUGUCACAAAAAGAGCAUGGUAACCGUGAAUGGUCAAUUUCCGGGGCCUCGCAUCGUCGCUAGAGAAGGUGAUCGUCUUAUCAUCAAAGUGGUUAACCAUGUGCAGAACAACAUCUCCAUUCAUUGGCAUGGCAUUAGACAACUUCAGUCAGGAUGGGCUGAUGGACCAGCAUAUGUGACACAAUGCCCCAUCCAAACAGGUCAAAGCUAUGUUUACAAUUACACAAUUAAAGGCCAAAGAGGAACACUCUUUUGGCAUGCUCAUAUAUCUUGGUUAAGGUCAACACUUUAUGGUCCUCUCAUUAUUCUUCCCAAGAAAAAUGUUCAAUACCCUUUUGCAAAACCUCACAAGGAAGUUCCAAUCAUAUUUGGUGAAUGGUUCAAUACAGAUCCUGAGGCAAUCAUUGCACAAGCUCUACAAACUGGUGGAGGACCAAAUGUCUCUGAUGCAUAUACAAUCAAUGGACUUCCAGGACCAUUGUAUAAUUGUUCUGCUAAAGAUACAUUCAAGCUAAAGGUGAAGCCAAGAAAGACUUACCUUCUUCGUUUAAUCAACGCCGCACUAAACGACGAAUUAUUCUUCAGCAUAGCAAACCACACUCUCACAGUUGUUGAAGCAGAUGCAGUUUAUGCAAAACCUUUUGUCACAAACACAAUCCUAAUUGCACCUGGACAAACCACUAAUGUUCUUCUCAAAACCAAACCUCAUUACCCAAAUGCUACAUUCUUAAUGUUAGCAAGACCAUAUGCUACAGGCCAAGGCACUUUUGACAACUCAACAGUUGCUGGAAUCAUAGAAUAUGAAAUUCCAUUUAAUACUCACCAUUCAAAUUCUUCACUCAAAAAACUUCCACUUUUGAAACCUAUUCUACCUCAACUUAAUGACACUUCAUUUGCAACAAAUUUCACUAACAAACUUCAUAGCUUAGCAAAUGCUCAGUUUCCAGCUAAUGUUCCUCAAAAAGUUGAUAAGCACUUUUUCUUCACAGUAGGUCUUGGUACAAAUCCUUGCCAAAACAAGAACCAAACAUGUCAAGGACCUAAUGGAACAAUGUUUGCGGCAUCGGUGAACAAUGUUUCUUUCAUAAUGCCAACCACAGCACUUCUUCAGACACAUUUCUUUGGACAAAACAAUGGAAUUUACACCACUGAUUUCCCAAGUAAACCUAUGAAUCCAUUCAACUAUACCGGCACACCGCCGAAUAACACUAUGGUGAGUAAUGGAACAAAGGUUGUGGUUCUUCCUUUUAACACUAGUGUGGAGCUUGUGUUGCAAGACACUAGUAUUCUUGGUGUUGAAAGUCACCCUCUUCAUUUGCAUGGAUUUAACUUCUUUGUUGUUGGACAAGGAUUUGGUAACUUUGAUUCAAAUAGUGAUCCACAAAAUUUUAAUCUUGUUGAUCCUGUUGAAAGGAAUACAGUUGGUGUUCCAUCUGGUGGAUGGGUUGCUAUCAGAUUCCUAGCAGAUAAUCCAGGGGUGUGGUUCAUGCAUUGUCACUUGGAAAUCCACACAAGUUGGGGUCUUAAGAUGGCAUGGAUUGUUUUGGAUGGAAAGCUCCCAAAUCAGAAGGUGCUUCCACCUCCAGUUGAUCUUCCCAAGUGUUAACUUCAAUUUGAUUUUGGCUUUAAUUUGUUUUAACUUUUUUUUUGCCUUUUUGUAAUUCAAUGUUGAGAUGUUGUUUAUCAUUGGUUACUUGAUUUUUUUAAAUUGGGAAUUGAGGCUACUUGAGGCAGAGGGUGAAACUUUUUAUUUUUUUGGGUGGGAAAUUUAUUUAAACAUGAUGUCUUCUUGACAUUGAAAUUGUAAUUCAUUGAUUUGAGUGAAUAUAAUUCUUUAUUGAAAUUUACUAGUAUUGUUAG